AUGUCCAUUUCAUCUUGUUCCUCAACUUCGUUUGGUGAAGUGUUGUCACAUAAGAUACUAAACCAAAUCGAGUUUUAUUUUGGGGAUUUGAACCUCUCUAAAGAUAAAUUUUUGCUCACCAAAAUAAGCGAAACCGCCGAAGGAUGGGUUCCCAUUUCUGUUAUCGCAGAUUUUGGUCGCAUCAAGGCACAAUUGAAUAAUAUCAAUGAAGAACAAGAGAAAUAUGCAGCAAUUAAAUCAGCUUUAUCCUCUUCAUUGGUUGUUGAAAUUAAUGAUCAAGGAAAUUCUCUUCGAAGAAAAAUUCCGCUCUCUACAACUAGAGAUGAUCUAAAGGCUACCUUGUAUGUGAAAGGAUUUCCAAAGAAUACAUCUCUUGAUGAGUUGCAAUUGUUUUUUGGCAAACUGUCUGAAGUUCCAUUUGCAAUCAGAAUGCGCCGCUUUCAAGAUGCGGACAAGCUGUUUAAAGGAUCCGUAUAUGUUGAGUUUCUCACAGAAGCUGAAGUGGACCGCUUUUUGGCUUUGAAUGCAUGCCCGCCCUUUAUUGAUGAGCAUGGAGAAAAUCAUCCGCUCUUCCUUCAGAAAAAAAUUGAUCAUGUUAUGAAAAAAAAUCACGGAGAAAAAGGCGUUGGAUCGUCUCCCCUGAAGGAAAUUUCUAAAGAUUCCAUCAUCAAGGUUUCCCCUAUUCCCGAAAACGCGGAUUGGAAGCUCAUCAAGGAUGAGCUUUCAACAAAAUUGCCUAUUUCUCGGGUGGUGGUUGACUCUGAGAAUAAGAUUGCUUUUGCUCUUCUUCGUGGCCCUAUUGAUGAGCAAAGUGAAGUUCCCCUUACAUGGGCCUCUCAAGCCCUUCAAAAAUGCCCCGAUAUUGCUUUUGGGGCACUUGAUUCUACAUUAAGCCUUCCCAGCGAAAGUGAAUAUGAAAGUGCAAUUUCUUCUUUCGCAACGACGAUAGGGAAGCCCAAACCCUUCGUCGCUUCGAGAAAAACAAGAUUCUCCAAACGGCAAAAGGUGAACUAA